AUAUUAACCUCGAGCAAUGCAGUCCGCAUCGGUGAUUCUUCUGUUGGCCCUUGUGGCAUCCGUCAGUUGCUACCGGUGCACAUCGACCGGUAACGUGAACGUAACCGCCAACGGAAAGCAGCCCAUUAAUGGUCAAUUCCCACAUCACGCCCUGCUGGAGUCCGACUUCGCCGAAGGCAAACGAUACUGCAGUGGGGCCAUGGUGAGUCGCCAAUUCGUCCUCACUGUGGCGCAGUGCGUUCAGGGGGCUACGACUGUCAAGGUAACUCUUGGAGCAAACUGCUUGCUGGAAGGAGGCGAUAACAAGUACCGCUACACUUUCACUGCGCUUGAGUACUUCGUUAAGGAGGGUUUUAGUGAUGAAACUUUCGAGAAUGAUGUUGCCAUGGUACAAUUUACUGAUGAGGAGGUUCGUUUGCCACCAUGGGUCGCACCGGUGGCACUGCCUGCAGUAGAUGAGCAGCAUGUAUCUGAAGAGGUAUUCACUAGCGGAUACGGUUUGCUGAGCUUUUCGGCGGAAUCCGCAGCUGAUUCGCUGCAGUUUCUGAAGUUAACCGUGUUGGACUACGAACAGUGCCAGGAUGAAUUUCAGUUUGUGACCCCGGAAUCGGGACAAUUCUGUGCCCAGAGAGAGGACGCGCAACCGAACUGCGUGAGUGACGUCGGCAGUCCGCUGGUCGUUAAGCGGAAGGGAUACAUGAAGUACACGCUGCUCGGUUUGACCAGUUUCGGACAGAAGUUUGCCUGCAGUUUCGGUAAUCCGGGUGCACUGCAGGAAGUCAGAGCGCACGUUGAGUGGGUGCAAAGUUUUCUAGAGGACGGAGAGGAGGUGUCAACUACACCCGCAACAACAGACGCGGGACCGGAGGAAGAUUAUUGA